GCCGGACGUUCUGCUACUCACUUUCGGCGAGGCCCUCCGGCGACGACGCCUUCCUCCGUGAUUGCAACCAUCGUUUGGCACAAUGGCAAAGGAAAUAUGUUCGUGAGAAAUCUUCCUUUUCUGGUUGGAGGAUUAGAAAAGAUUAAUAGCAUUUUGGAGCUGCCUAUGGAGAUGCACGACUAGGCUGCACUGAAGAUCUGCAUUUAUCUGCUCUUGAGAUCCCCUAUUUGCCUUCUCUGCUUGUCUUCCUUUGCAUCAAUGACAUCAUUAUCAAUGCUCAACAAUGUCUCCAUUUCCAUCUCUGAUGAUGAUUCGGGUGACGAUGCUGGAAAUAUAAAGGUUAGGAUGAAAAGGAAGAGGAAGAAGUUUAACUUCCGUAAAGGGAGGUAUUGGAUCCUGUGGUGGGGCAUGGCAAAGAUUGCUCGAUGGAGGAUAAAGAUCAUGCUUUUCUUGAUGGUUUUAUUGAUAUUCCUCCAAUGGUGGAGGAUGAUGGGGAAGACUGUGGAGCCUCUGCAAAGAUCAGAUCUCUUCUCUUCAAUUGACAAGGAGGCACCAGGAAAUCUUAAUAGGAUGGACAUGCCAACACGAUAUGUCAAUGGAACCAAAGAGCCUUGCUUGAAGAUCUUGCCAUUAGAAGAAAUUGAAAGGUUGGAGCUCCCACAUAUUCCAUUGGGAAAAGAUCCUGUGCAAAAUGUAAUUUAUAAAUCACUUGCAGAAGUAUUUCGUGAUGGUGGAAAACAUGAUAUCAUGCACCAAGGCAUGGAGGCCACAAGAUUUAAUCUCUUCUCUGGUUUUCAAACCCUGACUGAGAGGGAGAAAAGUUUCAAGGUGAAUGAAACAACUUCAGUACACUGUGGUUUCUUUAGUGAAAGUGGUGGAUUUAGGAUAUCUGAUGAAGACAAAAUUUUCAUGAGGACUUGCAAGGCUGUUGUGUCUACAUGCACGUUUGGUGGUGGGGAUGACCUCUAUCAACCUAUUGGAAUGUCACAGGCAUCACUCAGAAAGGUAUGCUAUGUCGCCUUCUGGGAUGAAGUUACUCGUUCAACUCAGGAAACAGAAGGAAAGAGGAUUGGAGAUGACCAUAUGAUUGGUAAAUGGAGAAUAGUAGUGGUUAAGGAACUCCCAUUUAGUGACCAGCGCCUGAAUGGAAAAAUCCCCAAGAUGUUAAGCCAUCGCCUCUUUCCGGAAGCAAGAUAUUCAAUUUGGGUGGAUUCCAAAUCUCAAUUUCGUAGGGAUCCAAUUGGAGUUUUUGAAGCACUUCUUUGGCACACACAUUCUUCACUUGCAAUUUCAGAGCAUGGUGCUCGAAGCAAUAUUUAUGAUGAGGGAAAAGCAAUUGUUAAGAAGCAUAAAGCUACACCUGAAGAAGUUGAAGUGCAACUGAGCCAGUACCGCCAAGAUGGAUUCCCUGGUGACAAUCGGUUCAAUGGAAAGAAAGCCCUGGCCGAAGCUUCUGUAAUUGUGAGGGAGCACAGCCCAAUGACAAACUUGUUAAUGUGCCUUUGGUUCAAUGAGGUUGUUCGCUUCACAUCAAGAGAUCAACUUAGUUUCCCUUAUGUCCUCAGGCAGUUGAAGGGACUGAAGAUCAAUAUGUUUCCUGUUUGCACUAGGAAAGCUCUUGUUAACAGUAUUGGCCACAAGCGCAAAGCAAAGCCACUGAAUAUCUAGUUUCCUGUUCUUGAGGAUGCAUGUUGAUAUGGUUAGCCUGCUUCCCACUUCCCAGGCAAGUGAAUGAGCAGCAAAAAUUUUUGUAGUUCACUGUUAAUUUUUACCGAUCCAUUUGUACCACAACCAUAAGCUGAUAAGAAAUUUUGUAAGGUGUGAAAUGCAUUCAAUAACAGAAGGAUGCCAAAUAGUUUUUUA